AUGUCUGACAUCAAGGAAGAAAUCAAUUCAAUAGAAAUAGCAAUAGACACUAAUGACUUGUCCAAACUAUUUAGUACCGCAUCCAAUGUACAAAUAUACAGAAAUCUUCCUGACAAAAUUAUUUCAUUUUUACCCAAAUUCAUUUCAGAAAAAAUCCAAGGAGAAGAACUUAGUAAACUAUUUGGAUCCUUGUCACCAAGUCCUUUAACAUCAGAUAAACAUGGCUACAGCAUGAAGACAACACAGAAAUCACCAGAAGCUGGAUCCUCUCUUCCAGUCAAACAGGUACUUGAUGAACCAGAGACUCUCACCACCAUAGACACUGGGUAUAGAAAACUUUUCAAUGUUGCCUGUCUGAGUGAUGACAAAAUCUGGACAAGUGGAGAUGACAGCACCAUGAAACUCUACAGUGUCAAUCAGGGAUCACUACUCAAGUCAAUCAGAACCAAGUCAGGGUACACUCCGUCUAACAUAGCGGUGACAAAAAGUGGAGAUCUAGUUUAUACUGAUGUUAGUACUGUAAACAUUGUGAAGAAUGAGAAGAUAGAGGAGGUAAUCAGACUAAAGAACUGGAGACCUCUCGGUGUCUGUAGUACCUCCUCUGGUGACCUCCUGGUUAUCAUGAGGAGUGAUGAUUACAAGCAAUCAAAAGUUGUCCAGAACCAACCAUUCCAACCAACAGGAAUCACCACAGACAGUCAGAGUCACAUCCUUACAGCUGAUAGUAUCAAUCACUGUGUCCACAUCAUAGACCAGGAUGGACAGUUCCUCUGUUACAUAGAUUGUGGAAUGUGUGAACCCUUGGGACUGUGUAUAGACAGAAAUGAUAAUCUGUUUGUUGCUCAAAUGUGGAACAAACAAGUGAAGAAAAUCAAAUAUCUACAGUGA